GGCUAGUCUACAAUAGUCUACAAGGGGCUGCUCCCCUGUUGCCCAGUGUACGGUCACUAGGGCCCUAGGCCCAUUGGCAAUGGCGUCUGAAGAUAAACCAAAUGAAAGAAUGUAUCACCGCACCGCAUCAGUAGGUGAUUCACUGUAUGUGUGGGCUGGUUAUCAGGCUGGUUUACCUGGAGUACAUGAUAAUACAAAGAAGAGAAGGAUCACUAGUAAUAUACAACACCUUUCUCCUUCAACUGGUCAAUGGAUCGCUAGAGAUACUACUGGUACUCCUCCAUUAGGAGUGAGAGCAUACUGCUGUAUUGCAAUAAAUGAUCAAUUGUAUUAUUUCGGGGGAUGGUGUGGCCAUGACAACUGCUAUCACAACAGUGUGUCACAACUGGAUACCGUUAGUCUUCAAUGGAGGGAAUUAGAGCCAACUAAUGCAACUAGACCAGUUAUGCGGAGAGCUAAUGGUGGAAUGAUAUCGUUUGAACAUGAUGGAGUACAUCAUUUACUAAUGAUAGGAGGAACAGGAUCUAAACCAGCUGUAAAACUACAGGAUUAUAAAUAUAUCAAGUUACGUAAUGGAAACUGGUCUACUAAUGAGCACUCAAUGUAUAAUAUAUCAUCAAGAAAAUGGAGUAAUCCUUCAGUCAUUGGUCAGUGUAUACCACCUUCUUCAUUCUUUGUCAUUGAAAGUAUUGAAAACACUAAGGCUGUUCUGUUUGGUGGAAUGGAGAUUGAUGAUGAUAAGAAGACUCCUACUAGCAAUAUUUAUAUAUUAGAGAUAUCAAUCAGCACUGUGUCCUGGCAGUGUAUAAAGAAACCUAAAGGAAUGGACCAAUGGCCUAUGCGUAGAUACUGGCAUGCAGGUGCUAUUAUUAUGACUGGAUCAGACUGUCCUAUGCUAGUGAUAAGUGGUGGGUGGGAUAUAAACAAUGAUAUCUUAAAUGAUUGUUGGGUCUUUAACAUCACUCAACAUUCCUGGAUUAAGUUAGAUGUACCUCACUCUGUUAGUAAGAGAUUCGCUCAUUCUCUCUCAGUGUUCAUUAUGAGUCCUCAUUGUGUUUGCAUGAUAACUGUUGGAGGAGGAGAUUAUAAUGGACCUGUCGCUGAUCCUAACAUUGUUAUGUUAAAUAAACUAGUUUUCAACAGAAAUGGACAGUGGACAGUAGGUGAUAUGAGUAAUGAGGAAUAUCAGCAGCAACUACAGACAGAGAAAAGAAUACAAGUUUUUAUGUUGAGCCUUGAAGAGAAGGAGAAAAAGUUACAAGACAUGGAAAGGAAAGAAGCAGAAAAAGAGCGUGAAAUAAGACGGUAUUGUCUUCAGUUACAGUCAAAGGAAAGCGAGAAACAGGAAGCAUUGCAGGAAAAAGACAGGGAGCAUCAGGUGGUACUACAGAAGAAGGAUAGGGAGCUACAGGAGAAGGAUAGGCAGCUACAGAAGAAGGAUAGGGAGCUACAGAAGAAGGAUAGGCAGCUACAGGAGAAGGAUAGGGAG